AGAUGGAAGAGGCCUUACUCUUUUUUACCACUUUUUCCUCUCUCUCUAUCUAUCUGUUCCCCCCCUGCGGAAAAAAUGCAUUCUUCUACUCUGCCCAUACAAACCAUUCCUACAAAAAGCAUAAACAAACUUCCAAAUCCAAGAGCUCCUCUUGCAAAUUCAUGGAAAUCUCAUAAUAAAAAUACUUAUAAUAAUUCACUGAUAUGCAGUGCUCAUACUUCUUCAAUCACUGAUUUUGACCUCUAUGAUCUUCUUGGAGUUGAGAGUUCAUCUAACCAGGCACAGAUUAAGCUGGCCUAUAGGAUGCUUCAGAAGCGAUGCCACCCAGAUAUCGCCGGACCAUCCGGCCAUGACAUGGCUAUUAUACUCAAUGAAGUUUAUGCUCUUCUUUCUGAUCCUAUUGCACGGAUGGCUUAUGAUAAGGAACUGACAAAAAUAGCAGAUUUAAGGGGGUACACAGGAAAACCUUUGUAUUCGGCAUGGUGUGGUGAAGAGAAUGAAAAAAGAGCUGUGUUUGUUGACGAAGUAAAGUGUGUCGGCUGCUUAAAAUGUGCAUUGUUGGCUGAAAAGACAUUUGCUGUUGAAUGCAUGUAUGGAAGAGCCAGAGUUGUUGCUCAAUGGGCUGAUACAGAAGCCAAAAUUCAAGAAGCUAUAGAUGCAUGUCCAGUUGAUUGCAUCUCAGUUGUUGAGAGGUCAAAUUUGGCUGCACUUGAAUUCCUAAUGUCCAAGAAGCUACGGGGCAAUGUUAGAAUUGGUGCUGGCAAUACAGUAGGUGCUCGCACCUCCAAUAUAUUUGAUGAUCUAGACAAAUUCCAGAGCAGAUAUCAAGAUUCCGUGAACAAAGCUUCCAAAACCAAUCCUAAGGCAUCAGACAUGCAAAAAGAGGCACGAAUGUCAGCAUUUCAAGCAAUCCGAGCAAUGUCAAAUUGGUUCUACUGGCAAUCACCAAUUGGAGGAGCUGCGGAAGCCGUACAAGCUUUGGUACCAGUAAGGAGAAGUCUAAUUGAACCCGAUGUUACAAAGCUCAGAGAUGCUGAAGCAGCUAUGAAACAAGUUAAAAAAGAAACAGUUAAUCAAAGAAGCAAUGAUGAGUAUUGGUCUCCAUCAACUCUUGCGCUUCCGGAAGCAACAGACACUAGUUUGGUAGAUGAAGUUUCCUCGAAUGAUUCCUCUCCCAAAGCACCGGCGGAAUUCUAUGAUGAAGUUUUCUCACCUAAGGAGAAACAGCAACCCAAUCCAUGGCUCCAGGGCGUGCCAUUCACAACAGCAACAGCGGCAGCAAUUAUAGUGUGGAUAAAACUUGGAGAAGAAGCGACUGUUAGCCUCAACGAUCAUAUUGGUGGUUCGCUCGCAUUAGAUAUUGUCAACAGCUCAUGGCUCAAGGUCAUUCUGGCAGGUGUUACAUGGCAUUCGAUUGGUAUGACUCUAGUGGAACUCUCACGGUCUCUUCAUAGUUUGUUCGGGAAGGGCAGAAAAUUGUGAACAUUUUCCCUCUGGAAGUCAAAGUAUAAGGCAUAUAUUGUAACAUAAAUGUAAAGUUAUCAUAUGGUCUAAUCAGUUCUUCAAGUUAUUGUAUAGUCUAAACAGUUCUUAAAGUAAUUGUAUGGUCUAAUCAGUUCCUGUCCCAA